GUUUCGACACGCAUCAGCAGAAAGCAAUUCCGCAAAAACAGUAAUACAAAUACGAAUAAUUAAAGAAGCGAACCGAUUAAACAUGGCGGAACAAGAGGAGCGAACGUCAGGAGUUCAGCCAGAGACUGAGCAACAGCCGGACGAUGCUGACUCAAGCAAGUUUUGCCUUAGAUUUUGUUGCACCAAAGAGGUGGAGGGCCGCCCUGUCAACAUCAGCACUCUGACGCUGGCAGAUGACGAGUUCUACAACAUGAACCACAAGCGCAGGGGUGACUGCAUCAUCUUUUCUCACGACAAAUAUGACAGUAAAAUGCACCUUGGGCAGCGUGACACUUCAUCCGCCGAUGCCAAACUGUGCCAGAAGACUUUCCAAAAACUCGGGUUUGAGGUUCAAAUUCACAAUAACCUGAAGAAAAAAGAUCUUCUCGAUAUCCUGCAGAAAGAGAGCGAGCGCGACCACAGCGACUGCGAUGCGUUGGUCGUUGUCUUCAUGAGCCACGGCGAGAACCUGAAGGGCUUGGAAUAUUUGUGCGCCUACGACGACAAAUUCCGCACCACGAAGUUGUGGGAGCCGUUCACGGGGGACAAGUGCCCCACGCUGGCGGGGAAACCAAAGCUAUUCUUCAUUCAGGCUUGUCGCGGCGACAAGAUAGACAAAGGCGUCGGGCUGCGCGUGACUACCGACAGCAUCGCGUUCACGGCGGAGGAAUACGUAGUGCCUGCGCACGCCGACCUCCUCGUCAUGUGGGGGUCCUUCGAAGGUUUGUUUUCGUUCCGCUCGUCCAGAGGAGGCAUAAAUGGAAGCGUCUUCCUUCACUUCCUGAGCCUCGCCCUGAAGGAGGAGGGCACCUCGACCCCCCUAAUGGACAUCCUCAUCAAGGUGACCCGGCGAGUUGCGCUCGACUUCGAAUCGAAGGUUGGGGCAGGCCACGUCCUGGACUGCAACAAGCAGGUGCCCCACAUCUCCAGCACGCUCACCAGGAAGCUGCUCUUCACUCAACCAAGCAAGAAGUAACCUUGUCUGAGAGAUUCUGAACGCUGAAGUCUUAACUAGACUUCGUUAUCACUAUAGUGCCCCACGCUGGUUUCUGAUUACGCUCAAAGCAUCAAAUGAAAUCCUUAUAGGCAAUCUAGUCCCUGUGGCCUGUACAGUAAACUAAUGUCCGGGCGAGUAAAAUAUCAAGAGCGCAGUGUCUACUUCUUGGAAAAAAAAACAAUACAUAAAACUAAUCAAUUGAAAUUCUGAAAUUAUUAGCAAAACCCCCUAUCAGUCCGACUGAGAAAUCUAGAACCAUGUAAGAAGAAUGUAAAACUUUGGACUGCUUUUACAUCCAAAUAAUAAUUAUUAUGAACGAAAUGAUCUUUGUCAAAUAGAACGUUAUGACCUUCAUGAAGUUAUCACCGUCAUUUUUCUGCUUUAUGAAGCAGAAAAAAAUUUAAAACGUUACAUUGAACAGCAACCAUAUAAGGUUCAGCAGCUUCAGUUUUCAAUUCCGUGGGUUAAUAAAAUGGUCUAUGAUUCACACAAGCGAAUUUUCAAUUGAUAAGUCGAAAUUUACCGCUUUUCUUGUGUUUGAACUAGAAGGGUGUUUCAAAGUUGUUACCAUAAUUUGUGAGGGGAUAAUACAGGUGAUGUUAUGAUGACGAAGGAAAACCCUUAUCAAUAAAAAAAUAUCAAGAUAACCAAAUACAUUACACGCUUUAAGCUGUAAAUGCUGUAUUUUUCGGCUACCAGAGAGCGAUAAACUGUAGAUAAGAGUUGAGUGAUUCGAGGCGGUGUAUACACAAUUUAUUUCCUUCCAUAAGAUAUGAUUCAUUUUCCGUUUUCCAGUAACUCUUCAACUUACUUGAACUCCUGGUGGUAUUGAUGAGGAAUACCAGUCACGAAUAUAACUUUUUAUUUUUCUGAUUAUAAUCAAAGAAAUAAAAUUUAAUAUAAAUUAAAUGCGGAACAUAUUUAUAUUAGUAAACAUUGUAACAAGUAAUCGUGUAAGAACCCUUGAAAUUUCUUCCAUCCAUAACCCAUAUAUAUAUAUUAGUGUUAAUACUUAUUAUAAGUGGAAAAGCGCAGAAAUAACUGAUUCGUCCAAAGAUUUCAUUGUGAUUAAUAUUAUUAUGAAUAAAUUUGUUCACUCAAG